UGUGUGUGUACAGUGGUGGUGUGGUGGCGGCGUUAGAGCGACCUGCCACAAAAAGUGUCUGUGUUCUGUUUUAACAGGAGAGGUGCAUGUAGCUUAAGGACUACAGGAGUGACAACACACACUAUAGGGCUUUGCUUUUUGUAUAACGUAUGACCUGCGUUAAGGAUAUUAGCUGCAGUGAGCAUGUACCGCUGAGGACGUGAAGGCGCUGCCACCAUGGGAGUACCACUGGCGCCUCUGCUGCUGCUUGACAGCAGAAAGAUGGUGGUGACAAGGAGUUGAUGCAGUAUAACAUGGAGGUGUCUGCUCUAGAACCAACUGCCACCAGUGCUAAGGAUCACAGCAGCUCAGCAAGUAUGGGCUCCUCCACAUAUCAUCCACUCUUCAGAAAGCCAUCAAAGAGACAAGGGUUCUUACAGUUGCAAAGAAGUCGUGAAAUAGAGCAAAUCAGUUGGCAGAGUUUUAAAUGGCAAAAUCAGAUGACACACUCUCUUGUAUCCCGACUUGGAAUCACAAAGGAGUUGAAAGGUCAUAGAGGAUGUGUGAAUUGUAUUGAGUUUAACACAGAGGGAAGUUUGCUGCUGUCGGGUUCAGAUGACUACAAUAUCAUAUUAUGGGAUGUCUACAAGCAAAAGCGUCUCAAAAUAUUAACAACUGGACAUAGAGGCAACAUUUUUUCUGUUAAAUUUCAGCCCCAAAGUGGAGACAGAGUGGCUAUAUCAGGAGCUGGGGAUGGUCACAUAGAAGUAAGGGAACUGGAGACAGAAGAUGUUACUCACAUAUGUACUUGUCAUGAAAAGAGAGUGAAAAGGAUUGCCACCGUUCCAACUCAACCAAACCAUUUUUAUUCUGCAUCUGAAGACGGCACUGUGAUGUUGUAUGAUAUGCGGGCUCCACACACCUGCAGUUCUCAAGCCAGCAACUUCCUCAUAGAUCUACGGCAGCAUGCGGGAAGCACAGUAGAGUGCCGGUGCAUUACUAUUCACCCUUCUCGUCCAGAAUUGAUUGCAAUAGGUGUUAAUGAUCCAUUUAUCAGGAUAUAUGACAGAAGAAUGAUUAAAGCCAAUAGUGUACAGUAUUUUUCUGGAGGAUCCAGUCAUCUAGAGAGAAAUAAUUACAAUAUCAGCCACACUACUGGUUCCUCGGAUAAUCUACCACCAGGUUGUGUUCAGUAUCUAGUGCCAGGGCACUUGCCUGAUAGGUUGCGAGAAUUCCACCGCCAAGGAAGGAGUCUCUCAACUACAUACUUGACAUACAGUGCAGAUGGGACACAGCUCUUGGCUAAUCUUGGAGGAGAACAUAUCUACCUCUUCCACAUGGCAAACCCUCAAUACCCUAGACACUAUGCAGCCCCAAGUGCCACAAAGCUUCACUCUAAAGAGUGUGAUGCAGCGUCCAAUGGUAUGUGUAAAUCAGUAAGUGCCAAUACAAAUGGCAUAUCUAGUCACCUUACUGAUGAAGGAGACAGAAUGUCAAUGUAUUUCUACCCACCAGUGCCUCCUCUGACUCCAAGAGCAGAAUCUCUCAAGGCCAGAGCUAAUCAAGCAUUUGCUGCUGAAAAAUAUAUUACGGGUUUACAAUUAUACAAUCAAGCUGCAGAAAUUAGUCCUAAUUCAGCUGUUCUUUAUAGCAAUCGAGCUGCAGCACUUAUGAAAAGGAAAUGGGAUGGUGAUAUCUAUGCAGCAUUGAGGGACUGCUUCACUGCACUUGACAUUGACCCACACCAUGUUAAAGCUCAUUUUAGGUUAGCUAGGUGCUUACACCAGCUGGGACGUGAAGAUGAGGCACAACUUUGUCUAGAUGACUUUAUGAAGCAACACCCAGACCACAUCUCCUCUCCAGCCUGCACCACCUUAGCCAGUGACAUAGGGAAAUCAAUCAUCAAUAAGCAAAGAGAAGGCCCAGAUAUCGAUGGUGAUAAUGAUAUUCCAUUUCCAACCCCAAGUGCACAAGAACAGAAAUGGCGUUCACAGGCUUCAGAUUACCACAAGUAUUACUGUGGGCACUGCAACACGCUUACAGAUAUUAAGGAGGCUAUAUUCCUUGGCAGUGAUGGAAAAUUCAUUGCUGCUGGUUCUGACGAUGGAAAUCUGUUUGUGUGGGACAGUCACACCACCAAUCUGAUACGUGUUUUGCCUGGUGACGAGUCAAUAGUGAACUGUGUCCAAGCCCAUCCCCACACCUGUCUGCUGGCAACAAGUGGAAUAGAAUCUGUCGUUAAGCUCUGGGCUCCCCUGCCACAGAAUGAUAAAACUAAAGAUGCACCAGUGGACAUGGAAGAGAUUGCCCAAGCAAACCAGCAGCGGAUGUGUAUCGAUCACAAUGAAGUGAUUUUCAUGCAACCACUCUCUCCCAGCUACAUUGAGUGGCUUAACCAUGAUAACCUGCCCUUGAACUGAUAAUACCAGAUGUGCUUCAUACACUGAAGAAGCAAAAGCACCCAGCCCAUGGUGCCACUCAUGACCAGUGUACAGUACAAGUUGGCCAGCCUUGUGCUUAAGUCCUGUCAUGAAAAUUCAAGUACAGAUCAACAGAAGAU